CCGGGCUGCCCUUACACGGCGAACAAUCGAUGCUCGUCGCAACCUUUUCCCUUCCUUAUCCCGUUUAUAUACUACGGCGACUUCCGCCCUUGCCGUUAAAGCAGUGCGAUCAUGGCGGAGCGCGUUCAGCAGCCCCCAGCUAAACGGCUCUGCUGCCGACCCGGGUACAGCACGACAUGUAGACAGGGGCAGCGAUCCGGUGGAACAGUAUGCGGCGGUUCGGGUUCUGGCCAGGGGGGAUCCAGCAAAACCCAGAGCCCCGAAUCGCUCCUGGACAUUGCGGCGCGGAAAGUAGCGGAGAAGUGGCCGUUUCAACGGGUGGAGGAGCGUUUCGAGCGCAUCCCGGAGCCCGUUCAGCGGCGGAUCGUGUACUGGUCUUUCCCGAGGAGCGAACGGGAGAUCUGCAUGUAUUCCUCGUUCAACACCGGCGGGGAGGAGAGCGCGUCUAGCGGGGAAAGCGGCGACGAGACGCGGUUACCUUUCCGACGCGGCAUCGCGUUGCUGGAGAGCGGAUGCGUGGACAACGUAUUACAAGUCGGUUUUCAUCUCAGCGGUACAGUAACAGAACCGGCCACACCGUCAGAACCCGAGAUGGUGUGCAGCGUAGCCAUCAGCUUCGACCGCUGCAAGAUCACGUCUGUAACGUGCGGCUGCGGAAACAAGGACAUCUUCUACUGCGCUCACGUGGUGGCGCUGUCGCUGUACCGCGUACGGCGGCCCGAGCAGGUCAAACUUCACCUGCCCAUCUCAGAGACUCUUUUCCAAAUGAACAGGGACCAGUUGCAAAAGUUUGUGCAGUAUCUCAUCACCGUCCACCACACGGAAGUUCUUCCCACCGCCCAGAAGCUGGCCGACGAGAUCCUGUCCCAGAACUCCGAGAUCAACCAAGUGCACGGGGCUCCGGACCCCACGGCAGGAGCCAGCGUGGACGAUGAGAACUGCUGGCAUUUGGAUGAAGAGCAGGUCCAGGAACAGGUGAAGCUCUUCCUGUCUCAGGGCGGAUACCACGGCUCGGGCAAACAGCUCAAUCUCCUGUUCUCAAAGGUACGGGAGAUGCUGAAGAUGCGGGACUCUAACGGCGCUCGCAUGUUAACGCUCAUCACGGAGCAGUUCAUGGCCGACCCGCGGCUGGCGCUGUGGCGACAGCAGGGAACCACCAUGACGGACAAAUACCGUCAGCUCUGGGAUGAGUUAGGUGCCUUGUGGAUGUGCAUCGUGCUAAACCCCCACUGUAAGCCCGAACAGAAGGCCGCUUGGCUCCGACAGCUGAAGAAGUGGAACAGUGUGGACGUGUGCCCCUUGGAGGACGGUAACCACGGCAACGAGCUGCCCAAUUUAACCAAUGCCUUGCCUCAGGGUGCGCACGGCAACCAAGAUUUGGGCGCCAGGCCCCACCGGACGGUUUUCACGCGAGCCAUCGAGGCGUGCGAUCUCCACUGGCAAGACAGCCACUUGCAGCACAUUAUCAACGACGACCUCUACACCAACUACUGUUACCAUGACAACACUGAAAAUUCACUCUUUGACUCUCGCGGCUGGCCUCUGUGGCACGAACACGUCCCCACGGCCUGCGCCAGGGUGGAUGCACUGAGAUCUCACGGUUACCCACGGGAGGCGCUGCGAUUGGCCAUCGCCAUUGUCAACACCCUGCGGAGACAGCAGCAGAAACAGCUGGAACUCUUUCGAAACCACAAGAAGGACCUGCUUCAUAAAGGAGUGACGUCCAUCACUAAUUUGGAAGGAUGGGUCGGUCACCCUCUGGACCCCAUCGGGACUCUCUUCAGCACGCUGAUGGAGACCGGCCGCGGAGAUGAAGACGGAUCGCAUGGAGGGUUCCUGGACUUCUCAGCCGUCUCCAUGAGCUCCAGCAAACACAGCGAGCUGCACUUGUUUCCGUCCACGCGCCGCUUUCUGGAAGAGGGCGAGUCGUAUCUGGCCCUGGCGGUGGAGACGGCGCUGAUGGGAUUGGGUCAGCAGAGGAUCAUGCCCGACGGACUGUACGCCCAGGAGAAGGUGUGCCGCAACGAGGAGCACCUGAUCGCCAAGCUGCAAGAGGUGGACUUGGACGACACCCUGGUCAAGAUCUUCCGCAAGCAAGCUGUCUUCCUGUUAGAGGGUGGGCCGUACAGCGGUCUCGGGGAGCUCAUCUACAGAGAGAGCGUUCCCAUGCACACAUUCGCCAAGUAUCUCUUCACAUGCCUCCUACCUCACGAUGCCGAACUGGCGUACAAAAUUGCACUGAGAGCAAUGCGGUUACCAGUGUUGGAAUCCACAGCUCCUUCUGGCGACAUGUCUCGCCCUCACCACAUAGUGUCAGUCGUCCCGAAUCGCUACCCGCGAUGGUUCACCCUCAGCCACAUCGAGUCUCAGCAGUGCGAGCUGGCCUCCACCAUGCUCACUGCCGCCAAAGGUGAUGCACGAAGGUUAGAGACAGUAUUAGAGUCCAUACAGAAGAACAUUCAUUCGUCCUCUCAUAUCUUCAAACUGGCGCAGGAUGCCUUUAAGAUAGCAACGCUCAUGGACAGUUUACCGGACAUCACUCUGCUGAAGGUCUCUCUGGAGCUGGGUCUUCAGGUAAUGCGGAUGACUCUGUCGACGUUAAACUGGCGACGGCGAGAGAUGGUUCGAUGGUUAGUCACGUGUGCCACAGAAGUCGGGGUCUACGCCCUGGACAGCAUCAUGCAGAGCUGGUUCACGCUUUUCACGCCCACGGAGGCCACCAGCAUCGUGGCCACCACCGUCAUGUCCAACAGCACCAUCGUACGGCUCCACCUGGACUGCCACCAGCAGGAGAACCUGGCCAGCAGCGCGCGGACGUUGGCCCUGCAGUGCGCCAUGAAGGACCCCCAGAACUGCGCACUGUCGGCCCUCACACUCUGUGAGAAGGACCACAUCGCCUUCGAGACGGCCUACCAGAUCGUGCUGGACGCCGCCACCACGGGCAUGAGCUACACGCAGCUCUUCACCAUCGCGCGGUACAUGGAACACCGCGGGUACCCCAUGCGGGCGUACAAACUGGCGACACUCGCCAUGGCCCACUUGAACCUGAGCUACAACCAGGACACGCACCCGGCCAUCAACGACGUGCUGUGGGCGUGCGCGCUCAGCCACUCGCUGGGUAAAAAUGAGCUGGCCGCCAUCAUCCCCUUAGUCGUGAAGAGCGUCAAGUGCGCCACCGUGCUGUCGGACAUUUUGCGGCGCUGCACGCUGACCACGCCCGGCAUGGUGGCGCUGCACAGUCGCAGGAACUCUGGGAAGUUGAUGUCAUUAGACAAGGCCCCGCUAAGACAGCUCUUGGACGCCACGAUCGGGGCCUACAUCAACACGACGCACUCGCGGCUGACGCACAUCAGCCCGCGGCACUACAGCGAGUUCAUCGAGUUCCUCAGCAAAGCCAGAGAGACUUUUCUCAUGGCGCACGACGGACACAUUCAGUUCACGCAAUUCAUAGACAACCUGAAACAGAUAUACAAAGGCAAAAAGAAACUCAUGAUGCUGGUCCGAGAGAGGUUCGGCUAGCGUUUGAUAUGGUGUCUCAGUUCAAAACGACGAGAAAGACGUGGAAACAAUUGGAACCACCGCACCGGUAUUAUGUGUAUAGACUUCACGCAAAAAAAAAAACAUGAAAAAAUGAAAAAAAUGGAACGUUGUCAUGUCUGUGGAAGUUUGUGUGUGUGUCCCUUUUAUUUGAAUGAGAGCGUGCGAAAGAGUGGAACGGUCAUUUUGGUUUACACACUGAGUAUAUGUUGUCCAGUGGCGAAGGUCCACACAGCACUCCAAUUCUCUCGGUUAAACAUUCACAGCCUCAAAGUGAAGAAAUAUGGCUUUAAACCAAACAACACCUCCAUCCUAAGUGACGAGUACCUCAUAUGGCUUCAGCUUUACUCCUCUCUGAACCAGUGUACUAAAACAAGUGUUAGAAAACCAUGGCAAAAAGUUAGGGACACUUCUCCCGUUCCUUUGAGUUUUCAGUUUAGCAGGCUAAUCGCGCGGCUUUGCAGUGCUGUUUCGUCCGAAAGCAUGUCACACACACACACACACACACACAUACGCUUCAAACCCAUUGUGCUUGAGCUUGUGGAAACUUAGCGACUGUCGACAUACAUUCUCAGGGAUUUCUAUUUGAAAACGAGAAAACAAAAAACGGAAAAAGACACAAAAUGGUCAUGAACACAAGAGUGAGAGCAUUUUAUUGUACUGUAUAUAUGAUAGUAUAUGUCUGAAUAUGGAAAAAAUGUAUACGUUAACUAAUUUAUAAAAAGAAUAUUCUAUGUAAUGCAAAAUACUUGAAGCUGCAGUACCUUGGUUUUCAAACGAAACAUAUCAGAGGGACUAAACGCGGGCCUCGGGCUCUGUUCGGAAUCUGCGCCGCUUACUGCGCAGUAUAUACUGUCGACUUUUCCCUUCAUUUUUCUUCUUUAUUUUAUUGAGCAGUAGGCAUUACAUCACCAGAGACAUUUCAGACAUUUCUGUCACGUGACCCCAUGCUGUCAUCUUUGAAAAAUACGCUAUUGUAUUUGAAAAAAAAUUACGUUACGAAAAAUGGCUAAUACGCUAUUUUUCAAAUCCACCGUCAUUCUAUGCAUACAGAUGAUUUGUGUACAGUAUACGCACUAUAGUACAGUAGCGUGCUAUUCCGAACACAGCCAGCGCUGUCGGGGCUGGAAUCGGGCAGUGAAUCUGUGUGCUGGGUAUCUGUGCAGCGCCACCUACUGCGCUCGAUCGGGACGGUCUGCGAAAUUCAGCGCAGACCCGAUCCGUACGGGACGGCGGUGGUUCGGACGGACGCCCAGCGAAGCAGCGAGCCUUAGCAUUAAGAAUUGGGAAUGCAAGAAACGCAGGCCAACGUGCCUCAAAAACGCCUAGAAAUGUAGACUCAACAGUAUGGAUGUUAACGCAGACACGCAGAGCGAUUGGCCUGGUCAUGCUCUUGUUUCUUUCCACAAUAAUCGAGAGGCACCACGACGCUUCAUUUUUAUGCACAAUAACAUGUACAUGCCUAUCUGCUGACAUCUUAACUUUGUGCAGGACAGAAAGUUGCUGUGCAGGUCUGACUGUUCAAACGUUUUUUAAUCCCUUUUUCCUUGUUGUUUUAUUUUUUCCGUCGUGUCGUUCCCGUAGGGUUUCGAAGCGAAAACGGCCUUCUUUCUUGCCUUGUCUUAACGCUUUAAAAUAACCAAACUGGAGUUCUAACUACCAAACUUGUUCAUUAAAAUGAAAGCCAACCGACUUGGGUUACAACUUCACUGUCUUUAAUUUUAGCUAAACGCUUCUGUGCUUUAAAAAGCAGGUUUCCUACGUUGUUUUUUUGUUUUGUUUUGGUGCAGAAACGUUGAUGAGUGUCCCCUUCUUAUAGAGGUAUUUCUGUAGCUCUUUUUCUUUUCGUUCGUUUAGGAACUGAAAUAUAAUUUUCUUCUUUUUAUUUAUUAUGAAAGGUUCAACGAUUGUACUUCACCCGUGUCAACAUGCUCAUGAAGUUGAAUUUAAGAUUUGAUACACCGAUAUCAAUUUAUUUAUGUAACUAAAUCACUGUUUUAUAAACUUGUUAAUGAUUCAACAUUUUUGUUUUAAUUAAAAUUAGUUUUUUGAGAGGAAGAAACUCAUUGCGUUGUUUGUGCGCACAACACGAUGCCUCGUACAUUUGACUACAUUUG